CAGUUUAGAUGUGAUUGUAGUACAUUCCAGUGAAUCCCCUGAGCAGGCAAACCAAUCUCUAUCAGAUCAUAAAGGGGAUCAAAGAGAGGAUACAGACAGAGCACUGCCUGUCUCUGGAAAUCUGCAACCUCCUGCAUCAGCUUCAUCUAUAAGACGAUCUGUUCGCAUUCAGGGACUUCAGAACUCAAAUAUUUUUGACCUCAUCUCUGACUCUGUGACGAAUGAUGAAUAUUCAAAUCUGUUUAGUAAACCGGAUUCCAAUCAGAUUGAAGAUCCCAACACUAAAGCUGGAAACUCAGACAAUUUGAAGAGAAAUACAGAAUCCAAGAAUGAGGGCAAUGACAAUCUGAAUCUGCAGAUUUCUGAAGAUACUAGUAAUUUUACAUCUGAUGUGUGCGAAGCCAGUCGUGAUACUACAAAUGUUGGUAGACUGAAAUUUCUGUCAUCUUCUAGGGAUGGCCAGAAAAAUGUGGAUUCACCAUUUGUCAUGUUCAGAACAAAGCAACCAGCAGAAUGUCCUGUCAGCCUCAGUCAAAAUACAGCUUCCAUAUCGUCACCAAGGAGAGUUUCCCUUAGGAAAGUACGUAGUCAGGACAACAUUCCUCUUUCAAGAUUAGUUAAAGGAGGAGAAGUUUCACAAGGAGCUGUGUCACCAAAGGAUACUAAGUUGCCUCGUAGGGUUCCACUGAAGAAAGUUAAUGAACAAGAAUCUGAGCCUGCUCCUGAAAAUUUCACUCAUGAAACAUUGCCCAAAUCUGAUGACUGUUCAGCAUCUUGUAAUGUGAAUACAGCAGAUCAGCCUACAGAUUAUUUUAGUAUUGUUGCAGAUGAGAAUGAUGAUAGUGAUUCUUGUGCUAAUGUUUCUUGCACUCUUGUUGAGGACACACAGUCUCCAUUUAAGUUAAAACAGCAUGUUCAGGAGGUUGGUCACAUGAUAACAGAAACACCAUUGAAAAGUGACAGUAGCACGUCACCCCCUGUAAGAGCUGCAAGUGCGAGAAAGCUUUUCACUGAUAGUGACACAGCUAGCUUGACUCCCACACCCAUAGUAAGCACUGAUCAAGCAGUUGAAAGCAAAGCUGGAGAUGUUGAUACAAAUGGAAAGUCAUUGUUGUUUGAAACUAUGGAGAUGCCUUCAUCUCAAGGCUUUGAUAUAGCUUGUGAUAACAGCACCCAUCACACGGAUCACAAAGCCAUUCAGCCUUCUAGCAGUGCUAGUGGAAAUGAGUGUAUAGAAGGUGCUGUGUGUGCAUCAGAAGCACCUGAUGCAAUGCACCCUGGAAGUGAAAACCUGUUUUCAGGCACUGAUGCAUUCAGUGCUCCCAUAGACAUGAUGAUGCAAACAAUGUCAUCAGAAGUAGAUCACUUGGAGACAGUUUCUGAAAUGACCAACUCUGAUGAAAGUCAUAAAACUUCGUCUAUGAGCACAGAUGAGCACCAACAAAAAGAAACUGCCAGCUCAGAAUCUGACUUUGUUUGUUUACAGCCAACUUUGGCAGAUGAUGCCCAGUCAUGCACUCCUAACAAACGCAAGCAAGGAACUCCUAAAAGGAUGAGUUUAAUGAAAGGAAGUAGAACAAGUAGAAGACACAGACAAGUCAAGGGAUCCCCGUGUUGUAAAGGCUUAAAACCAUCCAGCAACAGCAAAAGUAAACCUGCUAAAAGUAAUUCUUCAACAUCUGUGACUUCUCAAAACUCAAGUACUGUAAUAGAGUUGCCUUCGUCUGUUGGUGAUGCCUUUGUCUUACUCUCUCCAGUAGAAACUGAAGAUUCUGAUGAAGUCUUUACUAAGAUCAGUGAUAAUGGCAAAGCCUUGCAGGAGAUUGGAGAAGUUACUCCUGAUAUAAAAUCACCUAAAAGCAACCCAGAGAGAAGACACAGCGCUGUGAAAAGGAUGGGGAAAAGAAAGUUGGAGAAUACUGGCGUUAGUAAGCCGCUUGCACCGAAUAAAUUGAGAAGAUUGGAAUCUGCAGAUUCUGAUAAUUCCAACAGUGCAUGUGAAAUAAAAAAACAUGUUAGCAGUGGGGCAACAGUGAAAGCCAAAUUAGCCUCACCAGUUGACAAGAAAAAAUCAGUGCACAAAAACUUAAGUAAAUUAGGCAAACGCAAGUAUAACAAAUUAGGCAUUUUUCCAAGAGAUGGCCAGUCUUCACCAACAAUUAAAACAGAAUCACAGGUAGACUCAGGUAGUAAGCACACUGAUGAUGAAGAUGAGUUGCCUUUGUCUUAUUUAAAGAAGUAUAAAGAAAAUGAUUGUGGCGAUACAAACGGAGAUGGCAAUAAUCAAGUUGAAGGGAAAUCUGCAGAUAUUGAUAUACAGAAAUCAGAUAGUGCAGACUCUGUGGUUUAUUUGCAGGCAGAUAUAUCAGUUAUCGAUGUUGAUGUGAAUAGAGCCCAGCAGCAAGCUCUGGUAGAAUCUUCUGUGUUGUCUGAUAGUGAAAAUGUUGAAUUGUCUGCAGAGCUUAUGGAAAAGGGCAGCAGUGUGGAAUGUAGUUCCUCACUGUCUCCAGCAUCUGUGUCACAGAAGCUCCCACAGGCAGGACAGGUGAUGAUCAGUCCUGAGGCUGAAUCUUAUGAGCCAGAGAUUAAAACUAUACCAGUGAUAGACAAUCUUGUAUGCAUGGAGACGGUAGAUGAGGGUAUCACAGAUGAAAAGACAGUGGACUGUAACCCCUUGGAAGAUUCACAGAAUUCAGAGAAAAUUAGUUCAGAGGAAUUGGUGAUUUUGGAUCAGCCACAGACGGAAGUGGAAGUAACAGUUGGUGAUAUCAAACAGACACACCUUGAUGAGGACACAAGUGAGCUGCAAGACAUGGCUAAGCUGCAAGACACGACCAAGGUCAACACAAGUGAGCUGCAAGAUAUUGCUAAGCUUCAAGACACGACCAAGAUCUGCUCAGAUUCACUGGACCCUGCAGAAGAAGAUAUUAGUGGCAGUUCCAGAGAGAAGGAUUUUGGGACACAGGUCCAGCUUGCUAAUCAAAGAUCACCACAGAAGAGUGCUUGUGUUCACAGCUGGUCCCCAACGAGGUCUCCCAGCUGCAGCAUUCUGAAGAAGGGCACAGAAACUCCUCCUGGAGGAAAGAAUCGACGAGUGUCUUUUGCUGAGCCUGUUGUCAAUGGAGAGAGUCCUGUAAGGGAGCGCUGUGGAGAGUUUGUUCCAACAUCACCUUUGAUAUCAGCACAGAUAAGUAGCCCAGGCCAGAAGGCUUCACUUAUUAAUAAGCUUCAAGGAAGAUCACCACGUUACAGAAACAGACUUGAAUCAUCAAAACGCCAGGAACCACCAAGUUCCCGCCUGAUGAGGAGAAUUGUCAGCCCACAGACACAGCUCUCAUUCAGACCCACACAGGAGUCACAGCUGAACAACUCUGAACCCAUCUUUCCAGAUCUUGUCAACUGCACAAACCCAUUAGAUGAUGUUCUUCCACAGUUGACCUCUUCUCUAUGGUACCGAGGCCUGUGUCAGUUAAUGAAAGGGCGCAAUGUGAACACAAUUGGGGACCUAAGUUCUUUGACUGAGGUUCAGAUUGAUCAGUUACCAAUUCGGCAUCCAAAAGUAGAGAGUGUGAGGUCUACGCUAACUGCUUAUAUGAUGCAGCAUGGACUUGGAAAGACAGUCAACAGCAGUGAGGAUAGUUACAAAAGUCCACGCUCAAAGGGGUCUAUUGUUGAGCAAGAGGUUACACCGGCCAGCAUUGAUGAUGAUGAAGUACAAGUGCACCCAAGUGCUGACGAAGAUUUGAAGCAGUUUUCUCCCAUUCUAGGUAAGUUCAGUGAUGCUGCUGCUGAGCCUAGUACCACUGAGGAUUCAUCACUGCAAAACCACAGCCCAUCUCAGAUGCUGUCAGAUCUCAAGAAUAUGGCCAAAACUUGUUCAGCUUCAGUCUUGAAGCAAGCCAGUAUUGCUGAAUUGUUUGAAAUUCAUCAGACAUUGAAUGUGCUUUUCACAAAUGUUGUAGAGGAGAUGAAAACCAGGCAACCAAUGGCAUAG